AUGCAGCCGCUGCCGCUCGGCGAGUCGGGCGGUCUGUGGGUCGAGGUGUCGGUGGACGCGGCGGCGGAGCGUCUCGAGGUGCACCCGGCCGACCUGGACGGCGCGCUCCAGCUGACGGCUCUGCUGGCCAAGUCGGCCGGCAGCGAGACGCGGCUGCCCUUCUCGAUUGGCGAGGCGUCGCUCGGGGUGCCGCGGGGCGGUCUGUGGCCGGUCGCGACGCGCACUGCCGCGGAUGCGCAGUGCGUGUGGCUCACUCGGCCAGCCGCGUCGCUCUCGCGCGCGUGCGUGCUCGAUGACUUCCGAGUCAGGGCAGUGGCAGGGGCUGCACACGCCUCGCCGGUUGCCCAGCACGGAUACGCCACGUCCUGGAUCGUGCGCGAGGCAGCCGCGUCGUCCACGGUGGAGGUGUCGCUGCUGCACUCCUGGUUGCGGCCGAUGUUGCGGGCACACGCAGGGACGCCUGGAGGUGGCGUGGCCAUCCCUGCCGCGCGCUCGCUGCACGCCUCGGCACAUCAGCCUGGGACGGCAGCCAUUGGCCACCUUCCUCACGCGGAGGCAGCGCUCGCGUUGUUGCGUGCGGCUUGCUUCGCCACGCUGGGCCCAUAUCCUGCGACGUUCCAUGCAUUCCGAUCCCCUCAAGCGCCGCUGGUCGGCGGCGAGCGGCCACUACACUCGGGGCUGUUGGGGAUGCUGCGCUCUGCUCGCCAAGAGGUCCCGUCCGCCACCAUCUCGUACGUCAGCUUGGCGGACGAGGCCGAGGACAUGUCGCGUGCUCUUGCGAUGUCGUCGGAGUGGCUGCGGGCCGAGCCUGAGACGGCGCUCGAUCAGGGCAGCCGCCGCGUCCCUCGUCUGAGCCAGCUAGCGCCCUCGGCGGCGGGUCCUGUCCAGCUCUACUUUGAUGCGCGUGGCGUGGUGUCCAACCUGCAUGUCAUUUCGCAGAGGCCGCUCGCAGACCCGCUCGGCUCCGGCCAGGUGGAGCUGCACGUGCAUUGCGUCGGCCUCAACUUCCGCGACGUGCUCAACGUGCUCGGCGCGUACCCCGGAGACCCCGGCCUGCCCGGCGGGGACUUUGCCGGCGAGGUCAGCCGCACAGCUCCGGAUUCCGCCCCCGUCGGCCCCCUCGCACCUCGCGCUGCGAUCUAUGGCUUCGCAUCGGCCGCGCUCGCUUCGAUCGUGCGGACUGGCGCUUCCCUGGUUGCGUGCCGUCCGGCCGCCGUCAGCAGCGAGCAGGCGUGCUCUCUUCCGUCGACGUGGGGCACGGCACACUUGGUGCUCAUGAGGUCGAGGGGAUGCAAGCAGCACCGCCUGCUGCUCCACGCCGGCGCUGGCGGGGUCGGGCUUGCCACGUGCCAAUACUCGACAUGGUUGGCACUGCAGAGCCACACCACGGUUGGACGACCCUACAAGCAUCGCUUCCUACGGGCUUUGUACCCGUCCUCCUCGAGCAGCUCCCGCGACGCAGCGGCCCUCUCGAUUGGAGCAUCCAGCUCGCUGCUUGCGCGCCGGCUCCACCUCGUGCUAAACAGCCUCUCGCACGACUUCAUCUCGACCUCGACGGCGCUGCUGCGGGAGGGCGGGCACUUCGCUGAGAUCGGCAAGCGCGGCGUGUGGUCCCGGGAGAGAUCCCAGCAGGCGUCGCGUGCCGGCUACACCGUCGUGGCGCUGGACGACGUCCUGCAGCAGUGCCCGCGCUGGGCGAAUCACAUGCUCCGUCUCCUCUCGCGACGGGCUGCGGCGCACGUCCUGCGAGGGCUGCCGAUUCUCGCCUACGAUCUGGAGCGGCACGCGGUAGCCGCCUUCCGCUGCCUGCAGAACGGGGCGCAAGUUGGCAAGGUCGUCGUUCGGGUGCAAGGAGGCCUCACCGAGUCGGUGUGCCUCCGGCAGCACCUCCUCUCGGGCGGGACUGGCGGCCUCGGGCUCGUGGCGGCGCGCUGGCUGGUGGAGGGUGGCGCGUCGAGGCUGGUGCUGGCGUCGCGGACUCCGGCGCUGCCUGCCGCCGCCGCCACGUCCCUCGUUUCGUCGAGCGGCUGCAGCGUGCUUCUCGCCAGCUGCGACGUGGGCGAGCCGGCCGCC